UUCAGUGCCCUGGAGAAACCAGCAGGGCAAUCUUCUUUGUAGUUUUGGAAGCAUGUGUGUUGCCAUGGAGUCCACAUUCUGACUGAAGUUGAGGAGUAUAAAGGUAAACAUUUGUUUUUAGUUUCAAAGAUCUGGCAAAAAGAUAGUCUCUUCUUCUGGAAAAGCCUGACCGGUAAGAUUCCUCUAAGGGCUUAGCCUCAAAGUGCUUUAUACCAUUCCCUUGCUUACGUGAAAACUAAAGCUAGCCAAGGAAAACUUCUGAAGGAAAACCUUGUGGGGGUUCCAUCACUUCAAGCAAAUGGCUAAUCCUGGAGGUGGUGCUGUUUGCAAUGGAAUUCUUCACGAUCACCAGAAACAGAGCAACGGCUCACAGAGGCAGAGCGGAAACUGCACAAAGAAUGGAAUAGUGAAAGAAGCCCAGCAAAAUGGGAAGCCACAUUGUUAUGAUAAGCUCAUUGUUGAAUCCUUUGAGGAGGCACCUCUUCAUGUUAUGGUUUUCACUUACUUGGGAUAUGGAAUUGGAACCCUGUUUGGCUAUCUUAGAGACUUCUUGAGAAACUCAGGAAUAGAAAAAUGCAGUGCAGCUGUAGAGCGACCAGAACAAAAAGAUUUUGUGCCUUUGUAUCAAGACUUUGAGAAUUUUUACACACGGAAUCUUUACAUGCGAAUCAGAGACAACUGGAACCGGCCCAUCUGCAGUGCCCCAGGACCUCUGUUUGAUGUGAUGGAGAGGGUGUCGGAUGACUAUAACUGGACAUUUAGGUAUACUGGAAGAAUCAUCAAAGAUGUCAUCAACAUUGGCUCCUAUAACUUUCUUGGCCUUGCAGUUAAGUACGAUGAGUCUAUGAGGACAGUCAAGGAUGUUUUAGAAGCGUAUGGGUCAGGUGUGGCCAGCACCAGACAUGAAAUGGGUACCUUGGAUAAACAUAAAGAGCUGGAGGACCUUGUGGCUAAGUUCCUGAAUGUAGAAGCAGCUAUGGUCUUUGGGAUGGGAUUUGCAACUAACUCAAUGAAUAUUCCUGCAUUAGUUGGAAAGGGAUGCCUCAUUUUAAGUGACGAAUUAAACCACACAUCACUUGUGCUUGGAGCCCGACUUUCAGGUGCAACCAUAAGGGUCUUCAAACACAACAAUAUACAAAGCCUAGAGAAGCUCCUGAGAGAUGCUGUCAUCUACGGCCAGCCUCGAACACGCAGAGCUUGGAAAAAGAUUCUCAUCCUGGUGGAAGGGAUAUACAGCAUGGAAGGUUCCAUCUUGCAUCUACCCCAGAUUUUGGCUCUCAAGAAGAAAUACAAGGCUUACCUCUACAUUGAUGAAGCUCACAGUAUUGGGGCCGUGGGCCCAACUGGCCGGGGUGUCACAGAAUUCUUUGGAAUAGACCCUGGCGAUAUUGACGUGCUCAUGGGCACAUUCACCAAAAGCUUUGGAGCCUCAGGAGGUUACAUAGCUGGAAGGAAGGAUGUCGUGGAUUAUUUAAGGGCUCACUCACAUAGUGCUGUUUAUGCUACAUCCAUGAGCCCCCCGAUAGCAGAGCACAUCAUCAGAGGAAUGAAGCUCAUCAUGGGACUGGAUGGGACCACGCAAGGGCAGCAGAGAAUACAGCAACUUGCAAAAAAUACACGAUACUUCAGGCAGAAACUGAAUGAAAUGGGAUUCAUCGUUUAUGGCAAUGAGCACUCUCCUGUUAUUCCUGUGCUCCUCUACAUGCCCAGUAAAGUCGCGGCUUUUGCGAGGCAUAUGCUAGAAAGGAAAAUCGGCGUGGUGGUUGUUGGAUUCCCAGCCACUCCCCUUGCAGAAGCUAGGACUCGAAUUUGCCUGUCAGCAGCACAUACCCGUGAGAUGCUGGACAAGGUUUUAGAAGCCCUUGAUGAAAUGGGGGAUCUUCUGCAUCUGAAAUAUUCCCGGCACAGGAAAUCGGCACGCCCUGAACUCUACGACGAGACAAGCUUUGAACUUGACGAUUAAGUUUCCUGGUCCUGAAUGGAACAUAAAGACUUUGCCAGAAAGACCUCCCUCCUUGCCUCAGAAGGAAUAUAAAUGGAUUUCUCCCCCUUCCUAAGGAUAAUUUUGGUUUCCAGACCAGCUUAAUUGAAGUGAGGAAGACGUUGUAUUUUUAAUGUUUCCAACUUGGGACUGCAGAGAAAAAAGAAUUCCAGAUUUAAUUUUCUCCUGUCCCACGUAUUCCGCUAAAAAUACACACACACACACACACACACACACACACACACACAUCUUAGAAUAUUUUUAAUGGCAAUGAGCCUACAUUUUAGCUGCUACUGUGCAGUCUCUUUGGUGGGUUGCAGACCCUUUCAUGGGUUACAACCAAAUGAGAGAAUUUUGAUUUUUGAUUCAAUAAUCUUACUAUGUGUUUACUUAUUUCAACUUCAGAUAAAGGUGAGGGCAGUGGACAAUAGCUGACUUUCCUGUCCCACCCAUAAAAGUGGAGCUAGAACCCAUCCACAGCAUGCAAGUUUCCAGGCAUGAAAGUAAGGAAAUGUUACUUUUACCACUGCCGCAUUUGGACUUUUCCCAAGGGCAAGUGUCACAAGGCAGGUUAACAUGUUGAGGGAGAGAGCAGUACUGGCCAGUGGAGACUAAAGACGACUUUGAAGAAAACUUUCCUUUCUCUCUUUCUGAUCUCCUACAGUUUUACAGCAGAGCUUCUGAGGUUUGGAAAACUCAAGACUUUUGUUUCAUAAGGAAGGGGGCAAAAUGCAAGCACAAGCCAAUUUUAAACCUAGACUAAAACUGUAAAGUUAAUAUAACCUGAGAAUUGCUGGUGCCAUGUAGAGUGAACUAAACGUUCAUGUGUAGGUUUUAUUACUUUAAGGAAUGAGUUGUCAUUUUCCUACUGAAUUUUGAGUAAAUGGUAAGAUUCCAUUUCCUCUAGAAUUGCCUCCCAAGAACACACUUUAAGAAUGUAUUGAUUCAAGAACAACAUUUAAAAGCAAGUUCUAUCUAACAUGUUCAAGAUCAACCCCCCCCCCCAAUUCAAGUCUAUUAAAUAGUACUGUCACUUGGCACAUACCCUCCGAUUUGGUGCAAAGUGGACUUGCUCACUUUGAGGCAACUAGGUGUAAUUUGUGUCCUCUCUCUCUAUGUGAACACAGACUUCUAUAAAAAUUUAGCUUUUUGCUAAUUGGAUCUAGUUGGUGUGGAAAAAGCCAGUGGAAAACCUUAUCUUUAACAAGCUCCCAGAUGGUGCCCAGAUUUGGAAACUCUAAAGAGCAGUGGUGACCUUUUAGGGAAGCUUCUGUAACAGUUCGAAUGAGUUACAGAGCAUUCCACUCUAUCAAAUGACACUGUAAACAAAUCACUUCAAGAGAGGUUUGGUUUUGCGUGACACAGAUGGACCCAAGCUUUCAUACCAAGGACUGAGCUAGAAACUCAACUUUCGGUACCAGUGUUGCAUGGAGCAGUGUGUCCUGAUCUCAUAACAUUAAAGGGAAAAAUAGUGAUCAAUGUGAAAGCUUUUUCUAGGGAAACUGUGACCACCCUCUCCCAGUGAGUACACCAGUUUAAAAGUGGAGCCCAGUGAUAACAGUCCUCAUGAAUGGUUAAGAGCUGUACACACUGUUAUUGAAAGAAGAAAAUAGUAGUUUCUUAAAAUGCAGAUGCCCCAUCCAAAACCAGUUCCACCUUUUAUCAAUGAACUGGUGCAACAUUACUUGUUCCAAGAAAACAUGUCUUAUAAAUGUACAAGGAAAGGAAGAUGUGUAAGUCUUUGAAAAGGUUGAGUCUUCAAAAAGUUAAUGGAAAAAUACACAUUA